UGUGUUGGAAAAUUGUAGUAACAAUUAUUGAGGUAACAAUGAGUACCUGCGUUUUUUGCAAAACAAAGCAAUCAAAAUAUUGUGGGCGAUCAUUUCACAAAUUUCCCGUGAAAGAUGUGUUCCGCCUUCAGCAGUGGUUAAAAGAAAUGAAGAGGAAGGACUGGAAGCCAAACCGAAAUAGUACAUUGUGUUCAGCUCAUUUUACAAACGACUGCUUUGAUAGGACAGGAUUCCUAAUUACAUUGAAAAAGAACAGUGUACCAACUGUAUUUGACAACCCAAAAUCAGAGUGUUCAUCUUGUCACCGAUUAAGGGAAUAUGGACGUGGCUAUUCAUUCUUCAAGUUCCCAUUGGAUGAACCUGAUAUUAUGAAGCAGUAGAUCGCAA